CAGAUGCAUAUACUAAUAUUCAAUUACUUGCAUUGCAUCAUUCAAAAUUAUUUCAGCUGAAUCCCUAAUUUCCAGUGAUCAAGUGGAGAGCUAACAAUGAACCAGGGAGUUCUGUUAGUACAUUCCUAGGACGAGGGAUAUAACAUGGAUUUUGUUACCAACAGAAGGUAAUAUUGGUAGAGGAAAAACUGGAGUUUGUUAACUCCCAAAACCAUAUAUAAGAUAGAAAAUAUUCACCAUCUAUCAUCACUUACACAACACAAGGUUAUUACAGAAUACAAGCACUAUACAUCGAUUAAUCAUGGCGUCUUUCAAGUCGGAAAAUCAGAAGCAACUUAUCGCAACAAUCUUCUUAGCGAUUACGCUUCUUUCUGUAGCGAUACAACAGCGUCCUUGCAGCGCAACGAGAGAUGUGUUUGUUGACUCGAUGACGACGACACCAACAACAGUGCAACGACAGGCGGCUCCGGCAGCGGAUUAUCAAAUCGACAUAAAGUAUCCAUGGUGCAGGUUGUGCUGCAGUCCUUUCAUCGGGAAAUUCUGCUGCAAGGGUGAUGGUGAUGACUUCCAUUGCUGAUCCACCUACGAUGGUUUUUUUCCCCACCUUUUUUAAGAAUUUUUUAGUUAUAAAUAAUUGUUUUCAAUAAAUUUUGUAAAAUAGUGCUUGUAAUUUUUUAUCCAUCUAAUAAAAUCGAUCCGAUCAAUUUUGGACAUCAUAAUUGUAACCUCAUUAUUUGUGACGAGUACGCCGCGUCGGACUAGCUCGUCUCUAGCUGUUACAAUCUCUCUUAUUUUUAUAUGAGAUAAUUACUAACUUAUUUUCAUAACUAUUUACACCAAUUUUAUAGACGAGCAACCGUUUCGUGCAUGCUACUGUUAAAUUUUAAGAUUGAAAUGUAAAAAAUGCUUAUUAGUGUUCUUCCUUUCAAAAAUUAUCGUUCUUCCUUUCAAAAACAUUAUAAUUGUUAUUAGUUAUUGGAAUUUUUUUUUUGUUGCUGCUAUAUUUGAUUAUUAAGGGGUAAUUCCACAAAAGACUAUUAGUUAUGAAUGAUAAUUAUGCAAAAACCAUUCACAUAUAAGAACAGAAAACAGAGGCUCCAACAUAGCCACUACAAUUGGCAGAUUUAUAUCAGGGUUUGAAGGAGGUUGCAGUCGGAAACUAGAAACCAUGCAUUUGUCGGUGGAUUUCUAUUCAAAACAACUGUGUUUGAUUGGUGAUCUCCAUUUUUCUCUGCAAGGCAAGAGAAGAGCUCUGAUAACCACCCUCUGUUUCGGCAUGUCGAUGAGGUUAGCUAGCUAGUUACUAGAGCUUUGCUGCACUUUUCAGGUGCAGUUCUUGAAGGUUCUCCGAAAUUCAAUGAGAUUAAAUCUGCUUCCACUAUAGCUCCAACUCCAAGCAGUAAUCGUCCCUGUCGCACAAGAACCAGAAACCACGAUUCUCCCCCAAGUCCCGAGUAUAAUCAGUCUCAUCAGUGGCCAAAGAACCCAUUUAUGGAAUUGGAUAUAGCUAUCUUUUGCGUCGUUCGGGAUCGGAAUCCUUUGCGGUGUUGUUUUCCCGUAAUUUGAUGCGAUCUUCCCCUGUAUUUCUGUUUUUUCCCCUGUUUUUUCUGCUACUCGAGUGGCGACCUCGACACCAGGUCAAUAUAUCGCACAAAAGUCAAUAAACCGUGUAAAUAUCGCGAUACAUCGUAAUAUCGCGAUAUCUCGUCAAUUUUUCGCGUUUCAAGUUUGGUUUUGAGGACUUGAAACGUUUCGCGUUUCGAACGUUUCUGACGCAAGCUUCGCUUUUCCGUGGGGGUUCUCAUUUUUUGCGGGCAGUAGGCCGACCGCCGUCCCGAAACGGCGCUGCAUUUGCGCGGGUUGCCAGUUUCCGCCGACGGUAGGCCCAUCCCCCCUCGCGAAACGCGAUCGAAUUUCGGAUCCUUGGGCCUUUGAUUUAAUAGAGAAGAAGCUUUUUGGGCCUUUGUCGAAUUGAAACCCAUGCCAAAUUUAAAAGCCUAUGCCAGAAUCUAUAGACUAUAAUCCGUGCGUCCCUUCUCCGUUCUCCCUUGUUUUCUUCUCCUCCAUGGAUUCUCAGCUUCGAAGCUUCAACGAGAUACCGCUAGCGAAGACUUAACAGCUUCGAUCUUAUAUCCUCCCACGAAACGUUUCGGGAACUUUCACUGCGUUACUGAAUGCAUUCCCUUGUUCUGAUCUUUUCCCCCUUUUGCAACUCAAUUGAGAAUUGAGAUUCAUGUCGGCUCAGCUUUUCCCAUCUUUUUUUUUUUUAGAAAAUCUUUUUCCUUCUUAAUACACGCCAUUUUGGUUUUCUUAUAACAAUAUUACUUUCAAGAAUCAUCGUUUCAAAUUGAGUUAAUCGUCUCAAGUCUAUGUGACCAUGAUGGGCCAAAAGUAAGACGGUGAAUAAUAUUAUUAAAAAAAUUAUUCAUAAUCGGUAAAUAAUAUCUUCCAAAAAAUUCAACAAAAUUUGUGAUGGAUAGUUACAAAAUCUGGUAAAAUAGUAUUAAAAAAAUCGGUAAAAAUCUGUGAUAAAUAGUUUUCUGCAUCAGUGAAUAAUAGCAUUCUAAAGAA